AUGUCGUCCGCGUCACCAGAAAAACCUCCCUCCCCCUCAUCCUCGCCUCCCCCAAAUCCACCCUAUCAAUCCGCCGCCUCCUACUUCUCCUACCCAGUCAGCCACGUCGUCUCAGGUCUUUACAGACGCCUGACAGACCCCAAUAUACCAAAAGAGAUGCCAUCCGUCAUGCCAUGGUCAAGAUCUUCCUCAUCAGAAGUCUUUACACCACGCCGAACCGCAUCCCCCUUCCAACCACCACCACUCACCCCGCUCACCCUCGAAAUCCCCACUGGCGCAGACACCCUCCAACAACAACUCCUAACCCGCGCCCUAGCAGAGGAGAUUCGCCUCCUUGUCCCACCACGCCUCCAACUAGCCGAAACCUGGCGCCUAGCAUACAGCCUCGACCGCGACGGCGCCUCCCUCUCAACCCUGUACGAAAACUGCGCCGAGUUCGCAGAACGCAGCCCGCGGGCGGGCUACGUCCUCGUCAUCCACGACGCUUCCCCUUCUUCAUCCGUCUUCGGCGCCUACAUGACCGACGCCCCCCGUCCAGCCAAACAGUUCUUCGGCACAGGCGAAUGCUUCCUCUGGCGAUCUAGCGUCCUUCCUCCCCCAGCCAGCUUCCCCCUCUCACUCCCCGGUGACGGGCCUCAGUCCGAGGAGGCCCUCGAGAGAGCUGGUCUCCCGCCUCCUCCGUCUGCGGAUACCACUACCGCUGGCCGAUGGAGUACGCUGCGGAAUGAUCCGAAAUCGAAGCCUGUCGAGUCGCCUUCUCAUAAUCUCAAUAUGAGUAUAAAAACUAAUCUUGCGGCUGCGAGUGGGGGCGUGUUGGCGCCGCCUUCGCCGUCGUCAAUUCAUACUUCGCGCAGUGGGGCGAGCACGCCGGAGCGUAUCCGCUUCAAGGCUUUCCCGUAUAGUGGCGUUAAUGACUAUAUGAUGUUUUGUGAAACUGGAUUUCUCAGUCUUGGAGGCGGUGAUGGUCACUAUGGGUUGUGGAUUGAUGACAGCCUUGAAAAGGGUGUCAGUGCACCUUGCCAAACGUUUGGCAACGAACCGCUUUCCGAUGAGGGUAUCAAGUUUGAUAUCUUGGGCGUGGAGGUGUGGUAUGUCGGUUCCUGA